CCGUGUCCCGUCUCACCCGUCUGUGCCUUCCCCUCGCCUGGGCACCAGCGCCCUGGCCACGGAAGGCCAAGCGGGUGAUGGAUGAGGGACCCUUGAGGUCCCUCCCCAGAGCUAUUCCCGGCCUCACGGCCUCACGCCUCCCGCCCAGCCCCACAGCUGGGAUCCUCGGCUGGGGGCGGGGCAGCCCCUGCCUAUAAAAGCCCCGGCUCCUGGAAGCCCAGACCCUCCAUGCGACCUCUGCACGCUGCAGCCCGUGACCCCUGCCAGAGCAGCCAUGACGGGAAAGGCCACCUCGGAGGUCACUGAGGAGCAUGCCUCCGAGCCCCCAGAGGAGCCCGCACAGCCCUCGGAGGAGGAAGUCACCGCACCAGAGGCCCCUGUGGCUGCCCCUCAGGCACCUGCCCCCACGGCGGCCGAGCCUGCGCCUCCCAGCGAAGAUGUGCCCAGUGCCCCCCAGCUGCUGACGGUGCAGGACGUGAGUGACCGGGCAGUGACAGUGAGCUGGGAGCCCCCGGAGAGGCUGGGGCGGCCGGGGCUGCGGGGCUACGUGCUGGAGCUGCGCCGGGAGGGAGCCUCAGAGUGGGUGCCUGUGAACGCCCGGCCCGCGAUGGUGACCCAGCAGACGGUGCGGAACCUGGCCCUGGGCGACAAGCUCUUCCUGCGUGUGGCAGCCGUGAGCCUGGCUGGCGCUGGCCCGCCAGCUGUGCUGGACCAGCUCGUCCACAUCCAGGAGGCCGUAGAGGCCCCCAGGAUCCGCGUCCCCGGCCACCUCCGUCAGACCUACAUCCGCCAGGUGGGAGAACAGGUCAACCUGCAGGUCCCCUUCCAGGGGAGCCCCAAGCCCCACGCCUCGUGGACCCACAACGGCCAUGCGCUGGACGGCCAGCGAGUGAGCGUGCGCUCUGGGGACCGGGACUCCAUCCUCUUCAUCCGUUCGGCCCAGCGCUCAGACUCAGGCCGCUACGAGCUCACCGUGAGCCUGAAAGGCCUGGAGGCGAAGGCGGCCAUCGACGUCCUGGUCAUUGAGAAACCAGGGCCCCCCAGCAGCAUCCGGCUACUGGACGUCUGGGGCUGCAACGCGGCCCUGCAGUGGGUGCCACCCCAGGACACGGGCAACGCAGAGCUCCUGGGGUACACGGUGCAGAAGGCCGACAGGAGGACCGGGCAAUGGUUCACGGUGCUGGAGCGCUGUCGCCCGACCACCUGCACCGUCUCCGACCUCGUCGUGGGCAACGCGUACUCCUUCCGGGUCUUUUCGGAAAACCUGUGUGGACUCAGCACCUCGGCCGCCGUCACCAAGGAGCUGGCGCACAUCCGGAAGGCAGGGAUUAUUGCCAAACCUCGAGGAUUUGUUAAGAGAGACUUCUCGGAAGCCCCGCUGUUCACCCAGCCCCUGGCCGACCGCACCUCCACCGCGGGCUACAGCACACAGCUCUCCUGCAGCGUGCGCGCCUCACCCAAGCCCAAGAUCAUCUGGAUGAAGAACCAGGUAGACCUGCAGGGCAACCCCAAGUACCGCACCCUCUCGGAGCAAGGCGUCUGCACCCUGGAGAUCCGGAAGCCCAGCCCCUUCGAUUCCGGUGUCUACACCUGCAAGGCCAUCAACGCUCUGGGGGAGGCGUCUGUGGACUGCCGGCUGGAGGUCAAAGCCUCAGCCACACACUGAAGAGCCGCUGGAGGCAGCUGUGACGGGAGGGAGGUCACUCUGAGGCUCUGGACAGUGAGGAGGUGGGCAGAGCUCGGACCCAGGCUUCGAGCCCGAGAGAUGGAAGUCUGGGGAGGGGACGGGCGCUGCCUUCCCACCUCUGCCCAACACCUGGGGCUCGUCAAGCGUGCUCUCCGCCAGGUGCUGCAGACCUGAGGGCUCAGGGCCACCAGGCCCACCAGGACCAGAAUCAGCUCCCCAGAUGUCCCAGGCCCCCGUCUCCAUAGCAAUGGCGGAUGGCUCUGCUCCCAGCCCCGGCCUGGCUUCCUGGGCACAGGGCCCUGGGAGGCGGAGACGGGCAGGUCCUGCAGAGGGGGGCGGGGCAGUCAAAUAAAACUGU